AUAGUCAGUCCACAGUACCGACAAGAGAUCGCAAGCACUUGGAGCAACAUGUUUAAGCUGAUCGUUCUUCUCGCCACUGUCGCCUACGCAUCGGCCGAAGGCCUAUAUUCCGGAUAUGGAGGACUGUACGGCUACGGCGGUUACGGCUAUGGUGGCUAUGGUUUAGGUCAUGGAGUGGCGUCGAUCUCACCAUACGUGCAUGCUCCAGUUGCGACUAGCUACGCCAAUACAUACAAGGUCGCGGUAGCUCCACCUAUCACUAAGUACAUUGCACCUGCCGUCACAAAAGUGGCGUACGCCACACCUAUCACGAAGGUAGCCUACGCUCCAACUUAUUCUGCGCCAUCAAUAAGUUAUGGCCACUAUGGAUACACGAUUCCACCGGUCACUUACGUUCACAGCGGUCUUGGAUAUGGUGGAUAUGGUCAUGGUCUUGGAUACGGUGGAUAUGGUCUCGGUAAUUAUGGCUACGGACUCGGCUAUGGUCAUGGUUAUGGAUAUGGUGGAUACUACCAUUGAAUGGGAUCAAACCAAAGUCUCGAGGAAUAAUGCUUUCUUCGACAAGUUUGUAAAUGGCUGGAGACGCAGCCUACCGUACUGCCAAAAAAAACAUUGUCAUCUGCUUUGU